AUGGCGUCUUCCGCCGCCGCCGCCGCCAACCAGCCGCCACCUCUUGCGCAUCUCCCCGCGCCGGUCGCCGUUGUCCCUACCCUCUCCCUGCCGCCGCGCGCCCUCCUUCCUACCCGCGCCGCCGCCAACCCUACUGCAGUCGCCACCCCAACCCUCGGCCGCCGCUGCCUCACCACGCCUACGCCACCCGCGCCACCUGCCGCUGCCACCCAUGCCGACCCGCGCCACCCGCACCCCGCUACCCCGCCGCCCGAGUCGCCCAUUGCUGCCGCCGAGUCCCGCUGCCGCCGCCCGUCCAAAACCCUAACCCGCUACACCCCGAGCCGCCCUCACCGUCAUGUCGUGGACUCCUCCUACUACACGUGGAAGACGUAUUUCUCCCUCGUGUUUCGGGAGUAUCAUCUCAUCGACCACGUGGACGGCACCAUCGACUCCAGCCUCGUCCCCGAGUUCCAUGACUGGUCCACCAUCGACACCACGAUCAUCCGCUGGUUCUUCCUCACCAUCUCACCGGACCUCUUCCAGACGGUCGUGCAGGACGGUGAUGAUGCCUGUGCCGUGUGGACCAAGCUGAACGGGAUCUUCAUCGACAACCAACUCCAGCGUCGUGUUUUUUUGCAGCCAGAGUUUUUUGGGUGUCACCAGGACAACACCUCUGUCGACGAUUACUGUCGCCGCCUCAACACUCUCGCUGAUGAGCUCCGCAACAUUGCCACCAAGAUUGAUGAUGACCUUCUCCUCAGCACGCUCACUGUCGGACUCAACGAGGACUUUGGCAACGUCGCGGUGAACCUCAGCCUCAUCCCCAACCCAUCUUUCGCCAAGUUCGUUGCGUAG